AUGUCAGGGCAACCCAAUUUCGACGAUGAUGCGGAUGCCGCGAUGCACGAGAUGAUGGGCUUCAGCACUUUCACAGAGCGUCGAAAAGACAAGCGAUUUGAAACAACCUUUGCGCCGUCGUUGUCGUCCUCAUCGUCAUCAGCAACAGCAGCAGCGGCAACAGCUUCACAACCAGGAGAGUCAUCAAGCAAGCCAGCAUCCUUCGGAUCAAGUCUUGACGGAUCGAAACGAGAACAAAAUCAGAACCACGGAAACGAAGAAGCGCCUGUAUACGCCUUCAGCUCGCCAGUCAGCAAUACCUACUACACCAGAGAAGACCUCGAUGCCUGGGCACGGGGCAAGGUCAACGCCAAUGGAGACACCGUCUACUUCAAACCUGGUUUUGUGUCUGACGAUCCUUGGGCGAGGCUGCGUCCGAGAGAAGGAGACCACGACAGCAAGAAAGCCGGGACAUGA